AUGUUCUCCCACCAGGGGUCAGAGAGCAACUACGAGGAGCUGAAGGAGGGAGCCAACGUGACGUACCUGGACAUGAAGCUCAGCCAAUCCGGUCUGGUGGUCCUGGCUGCAGCCUGGCACCUGUCAGACUCUCCCUGCCUGGUGUACUUCUGCCUCGUCACGCUGCAGGACACCGGAGCCGCCAUCGCAGACAACUUCAUCGUGGAGGUCACCAAACACAACCCCCCCUUCCAGAGUGAGGAGGCGCUGCAGGAGACUCGGCUGGUGUUGCCUCUCUCGCCCGGCGGCACCGCCUUCCUCUACAACCAGGAGCUGGUGUUCGCCUGCUCCACAGGAACCAGCCGGGGGGGGCCGCCUGACGAGAAGAUCAGUUUCACCACGUCUGGUGAUGGUGUUCGUGGAGGCGGCUGCUGCGCCAACCUGCCCGUGUUUUUCUCCCAGAACAGCGGCCUGGUGGCGGUCGUGGCCCGAGAGAGCGCCUCCAUCCUGCCGGAGACCAUGGAGGACUCGCUGUGCUCCUCGCUGGCUGCAGCUCCAGAGGGUUCAGCCAUGGAGACUUCGAGCAGAGCGGAGCCGGUAGCUCAAGAGGACAAAACCAAACUGCUGAAGGCGGCGUUCCUGCAGUUCUGCCGUAACGACCUGGUGGGCGCUCAGACGGUCACAGACGAGAUCUUCCCCCCCGACGGAGACGGGGAGGAGGGGUCGGAGCUGGACAGCAUGGUGACCCGGAUCAACCUGGACCUCGUGGACGAUUACCCCGCCUCGGACCCCCGCUGGGCCGAGUCCGUGCCCGACGAGAGCGCUGGGUUCCCUCUCACCUCCCUCAUCAUCCUCCAUCAGCUGGAGGACAAGAUGAAGGCCCACGGCUGCUUCAUGGAAUUCCUGCUGCAGGUGGGUCUGCUGGAUCGCCUCGGCCAGGUGACGGUGCGCUCGUCUCCCAUGGCGACGCGCCUGCUGCUGUGCGAACACGCCGAGAAGCUGCAGGCGGCCAUGGUGCUGAAGAACCUGCACUCCAAACACGCCGAGCUGGUGAACCGGGCCAUCAGCGCCGCGCUGGAGAGGGGCGGCGGCGCCGUGCCGCCCAGCCUCACCGCCGCAGACGUCUUCUUCAGAGAGGUUUCUCAGAUCUCCUCGGUGUUCGACUGUCUGCUGGACGAGGAGGAUCGCAGUCUGAAGGAGAACCCGGUGGACUCGGUGCAGUGGGCCGAGGUCAUCCUCACCGUCAACAACAUCAUCAAGGUAAACACAUUCUGCAUUUCAUGA